UGUAGGAUGGCAUAUUGGUGGGGGCCGUGGGGGCCUACGAUUGGAACGGAGCUGUUCUGAAAGAGACACGUCAUGGGAAGGUAGUCCCACCCAAGUCCUCCUAUCUGGAAGAGUUCCCAGAAGAACUGAAGAACCAUGGGGCCUACUUGGGUGAGUGAACUGGAUGGGCAGGUAGAAUUGUGUAGGUGGAUGGAUAGAUGGAUAGAUGGAUGGAUGCAUAGACUAAUAAAUAAAUAGAUGAAUGGGUGUGUGGAGAGAUGAAUAAAGAGAUGGAUGGAUAGGGGAUGGAUGAAUAGUAUGUCUAGCAUUGCAUGCAGUACUGUAUUGUUGUGUGUUUUAUUUUACUUUUUUGACAAUAGAAAAACAUAUAGACAAAAACAAUAGACAACUUAACAUUUACAUACAUACACUACCGUUCAAAGGUUUGGGGUCACUUAGAAAUGUCCUUGUUUUCGAAAGAAAAGCAAUUUUUUUGUCCAUUAAAAUAACAUCAAAUUGAUCAGAAAUACAGUGUAGACAUUGUUAAUGUUGUAAAUGGCUAUUGUAGCUGGAAACGGCUGAUUUUUAAUGGAAUAUCUACAUAGGCGUACAGAGGCCAGUCCUGUGUUCCAAUGGCACGUUGUGUUUGCUAAUCCAAAAGCCAUAUCUCAGACUGGCCAAUAAAAAAAAAAAGAUUAAGAUGGGCAGUCUGAGAUAUGGCUUUUUCUUUGCAACUCUGCCUAGAAGGUCAGCAUCCCGGAGUCGCCUCUUCACUGUUGACGUUGAGACUGGUGUUUUGCGGGUAUUAUUUAAUGAAGCUGCCAGUUGAGGACCUGUGUGGUGCCUGUUUCUCAAACUAGACACUCUAAUGUAUUUGUCCUCUUGCUUAGUUGUGCACCGUAGCCUCCCACUCCUCUUUCUAUUCUGGUUAGAGCCAGUUUGUGCUGUUCUGUGAAGGGAGUAGUACACAGCGUUGUACGAGAUCUUCAAUUUCUUGGCAAUUUCUCACAUAGAAUAGCCUUCAUUUCUCUUUUUGAGCCUGUAAUCGAACCCACAAUUGCUGAUGCUCCAGAUACUCAACUAGUCUCAAGAAGGCCAGUUUUAUUGCUUCUUUAAUCAGCACAACAGUUUUCAGCUGUGCUAACAUAAUUGCAAAAGGGUUUUCUAACGAUCAAUUAGCCUUUUAAAAUGAUAAACUUGGAUUAGCAAACACAACGUGCCAUUGGAACACAGGACUGAUGGUUGCUGAUAAUGGGUCUCUGUACGCCUAUGUAGAUAUUCCAUAAAAAAUCAGCCGUUUCCAGCUACAAUAGCCAUUUACAACAUUAACAAUGUCUACACUGUAUUUCUGAUCAAUUUGAUGUUAUUUUAAUGGACAAAAAAAUUGCUUUUCUUUCGAAAACAAGGACAUUUCUAAGUGACCCCAGACUUUGGAACGGUGGUGUACAUUUCAACAAACAUUAAUGACAUCACACUUGCUCUGACCCACAAGUUCCUCACCUAUCCUGCCCGUCUCACAAUAACAUUUUCUCUAAUUUCUCAUCCUUUAAAUAUCUCCUGUGCUUGUAAUAUUUUAUGCCAUAUGGCUUCAAAUUGUACUAUUUUGUUUCACUCUGUAGCCCACAUCUUUUCAAUAUUUAGAUAAUAAUGCAUUUGAACCAUCCACUGUCUUAACGAUGGAGGGUCAUUUGAUUUCCAGUUUUUAAGCAAACGUUUUUUCAAAAUGGUUAUCACACUGCACCCUCAUAACUGCACCCUCCGCCCAUAACUUUUGGACAGUGCCUUCAGAAAGUGUGUCCUUGUGUCCAAUCUCCCAGGUUACACAGUAAACUCAGUGGUGUCGGCCAAAGGCAGGCAGCUCUAUGUUGCUGGAGCCCCCCGCUUCAACCACACUGGCAAAGUCAUCAUAUUUACCCUGAGAAACAAUGGCAACCUCACCAUCCUACACUCACUCAAGGGCCAGCAGGUGAGACACACAGAGAUAGAUGAUUAAUACAAGUGGGCCAAUGACUGAACCUUGGGGGAAACCAUUACAGGCAGGUGCUUGAGUUCAUUUGCCUAAGUUUAAAAACAAACACACACCAACACGACACACCGACACUGACAGUAACACCCACACACAUACACCGACACACACACACACACUGACACACACUGGCUCUACGUGUCGAGCUUGUGUGCACACAUGUGUGACACAUGGGAGUCUUCAUUACAUUAUGGUCUAGACUCGGCUGCCCGGUCCAGAUGGCCUUCGUCUCACUGGCCCAUGUGCUUCUCAUCUGUAUGCAUCCAAUCAAAACAGGGUUUGCUACUGAGCACAUACACAUCGCCCCGGGCAACAGGCUCCCAGUAAACAAGGGCUAACCACUGUGUCAGACCAGACUGUUGUUUGGGAGAUGGAGGGAGGGAGGGAGAGGGGUAGAGGGGUAGAGUCCUAGAGUCGGUGCUGCGCAUUCCUGAGGGGAUAUUAGAAAUGCAGUACUCCUCUAGGAUUAACUGCGGCUGCUGUGGUGUUUUCUGUGGUAGCCUGAGGCCACUGGGGCCAGAUUUACAGUAAGCUUGUGCGGCAGGGAUGUGUUAGGUGGUGCAUCCUGUCUCAGAUGCCUCCCCUUCCCUCUUACACUCCUUCCUGUCUGGUGGGGUCUGUGGGCUAAAAAUAAGAUUAGGGGAAUUAAAUGGACUUGAUAUGAAUGGGGUUUUCCCCUCACUGGAUGCUAUUGGCAGUAAUUGUACUGUGUUAAUUUAACACUUUUCAAAUUGUGAUAUGGUUCGGGUUAAAUGUGAACAUAGAUACACAAAAAAAAUGUAUGCACGCAUGACUGUAAGUCGCUUUGGAUAAAAGCGUCUGCUAAAUGGCAUAUUAUUAUUAUUAUUAUUAUAUUAUUAGAUAUAAAUGAGUCACUGUUAUGCACAUUUGAGUAGAGUAAAAAUGGCUUGACUCUUUGUCAUAUGGUGUGUCUGUAGAUUGGGUCAUACUACGGGAGUGAGCUAGCUCCUCUGGACAUCGAUGGGGACGGUGUGACGGACUUCCUCCUGGUGGCAGCACCCAUGUUCUUCAGUAAGGGCUGGGAGAGGGGCAAGGUCUACAUCUACAGGGUGACUCAGCAGGUGAGAACCAGGAGAAGUGAAUUGGAGUGUACAUGUACACUAUACACUACCGUUCAAAAGUUUGGGGUCACUUAGAAAUGUCCUUGUUUUCGAAAGAAAAGCAAUUUUUUUGUCCAUUAAAAUAACAUCAACUUGAUCAGAAAUACAGUGUAGACAUUGUUAAUGUUGUAAAUGGCUAUUGUAGCUGGAAACGGCUGAUUUCUAAUGGAAUAUCUACAUAUGUCACGAACGUUCAAUGACUCGUGGAACCCAGGCGCAGCGUGAUAAGCGUACAUUUUAUUACGUACUUAACACGACAUAAAACAACAAACAAACGAUACGUGAAGUCCUAGGUUACACAAAACAAACCUUUACGGAACAAGAUCCCACCCUGACUAGUGCCAAACAGGCUGCCUAAGUAUGGUCCCCAAUCAGAGACAACGAGCUACAGCUGCCUCUGAUUGGGAACCACCCUGGCCAACAUAGAUCUACACGAUCUAGAAAACACAACAUAGAAAAUAUGACAUAGAAACUCCACAUCCUGGCUCAACAUUUAAGAGUCCCCAGAGCCAGGGCGUGACAGUACCCCCCCCCCCAAAGGCGCGGACUGCCUUUGGGGGGGGGGUACUGUCACGCCCUGGCUCUGGGGACUCUUAAAUGUUGAGCCAGGAUGUGGAGUUUCUAUGUCAUAUUUUCUAUGUUGUGUUUUCUAGAUCGUAGGGGCCGGGUGGGCCGGGUGGGCCGGGUGGGCAUUCCGCCUCGGAGGUGGAUCCGGCUCCGGGCGUGACCACCACUUUCUCUCCACCUCCCCGUUGCGCCCCUGGUCUGGUCUGGCACCGCUGACUGGAGCUGGGGACGACGACGGUGGAUCGAUCUGUACAGGCUCUGGACUGGAGCCGCUGGCCGGAGCUGGACUGGGCACCGGUGGAGCGGAUUGCUCUGGCUCCGGAGUGGAUCCGCUGACAGGAAUUGGACCGGACCCCGGGGAGCAGGAACGGGCCGGACCGGGCUGACGACGCGCACCACUGGCUUGGUGCAGGGAGCAGGAACAGGCCGGACCGAGCUGGCGACGCGCACCACUGGCUUGGUGCGAGGGGCAGGAACAGGCUGGACCGGGCUGGCGACGCGCACCACUGGCUUGGUGCGAGGGGCAGGAACAGGCCGGACCGGGCUGGCGACGCGCACCACUGGCUUGGUGCGAGGGGCAGGAACAGGCCGGACCGGGCUGGCGACGCGCACCACUGGCUUGGUGCGAGGGGCAGGAACAGGCCGGACCGGGCUGGCGACGCGCACCACUGGCUUGGCGCGAGGGACAGGAACAGGCCGGACCGGACUGGGAACACGCACCACUGGCUUGGUGCGGGGAGCAGGAACAGGCCGGGCUGGACUGGGAACACACACCACUGGCUUGGUGCGGGGAGCCGGAACGGGCCGGGCCGGACUGUGGAGGCGGACUGGAGGUCUGGAGCGGAGAGCUGACACAACCCGUCCUGGCUGAAUGCCUACUUCCACACAAUACGUGUGAGGCAUCAGCACAGGACGUACGGGGCUGUGCACUCGUACUGGCGCUACAGCACGUGGCACUGGCGCAGGAUAUACGGGACCGAGGAGGCGUACUGGAGACCACGAGCGUUGAGCCGGCACACCCCGUCCUGGCUGAAUGCCCAUCUUUGCACGACACGUGCGUGGUGCUAGCACAGGACGUACAGGACUGUGCCGGAACACUCGCGGCACAGUACGUGGCUCCGCAUAACACGGAGCCUGCCCAGUCACACGCUUCCUAGCCUGAGUACGGGGAGUUGGCUCUGCUCUAACCCUAGGCUCCGCCAACCACCCUUUUAGCCCCCCCAAAAUUUUUUAUUGGGGCUGUCUCUCGGGCUUCCUCCUCGGCCGGUACCCUCUGCGUUGCCGCUGCUCCUCUCUAUAGCGCGCCUCCACAGUCUCCUCCCAAGGACGCCGAUCCAUUCCUGCCUGAAUCUCCUCCCAAGUCCAGGAUCCCUUCCCGUCCAGGAUCUCCUCCCAGGUCCAGGCUGUCUGUUCCUGGACACGCUGCUUGGUCCUCUUUUGGUGGGAUCUUCUGUCACGAACGUUCAAUGACUCGUGGAACCAAGGCGCAGCGUGAUAAGCGUACAUUUUAUUAUGUACUUAACACGACACAAAACAACAAACAAACGAUACGUGAAGUCCUAGGUUACACAAAACAAACCUUUACGGAACAAGAUCCCACCCCGACUAGUGCCAAACAGGCUGCCUAAGUAUGGUCCCCAAUCAGAGACAACGAGCUACAGCUGCCUCUGAUUGGGAACCACCCUGGCCAACAUAGAUCUACACGAUCUAGAAAACACAACAUAGAAAAUAUGACAUAGAAACUCCACACCCUGGCUCAACAUUUAAGAGUCCCCAGAGCCAGGGCGUGACAACAUAGGCGUACAGAGACCAUUCUCUUUCUCUCUCUACAGAGCCAUUUCAUUUUGGAAGGGACCCUUGAAGUCCCCGACCAGUCCCAGAACUCUCGUUUUGGCGGAGCGAUGGCCCCCAUCCCUGAUAUGAAUGGUGACUCGUACAGUGAGGUUGUGGUGGGAGCUCCUCUAGAGGACGACCACCAGGGGGCCAUCUACCUGUUCUACGGCCAGCUCAGUGGCAUACAACACAAAUACAGACAGGUGAGCUCAGUGGCAUACAACCCCUAGUAAUGCAGUGGAUUAUUCAGAACCAAUACUAAAAGUAUUUUUGCUGUCUCACUAACUGGGUUUUUCCCCCUCCCUCCCUCCCUCCCUCCCUCCCUCCCUCCCUCCCUCCCUCCCUCCCUCCCUUUCUCUCUUAGAGAAUUGGAGCAGCAUGCUUCUCUGCUGGUCUGCAGUAUUUUGGCCGUAGUGUUCAUGGGGUGAUGGAUGUCAAUGAAGACGGGUUGGUGGACUUGGCUGUGGGCGCGUUGGGUGCAGCAGUACUGAUCUGGUUAGUGACACACACUCACCCUAACACACUCCCAUACUAUUGCAGUCCCAUCAUGCUCACGCACACACACACACACACACACUGAUAAUGGCCCUCCUGCCCCUUGUCUUCCCUCAGGUCUCGCAGUGUGGUGCGCAUCCAAGCCAAAGCCACUUUUGAACCUGAAAAAAUCAACACCUUCAACAAGGACUGCCGCAGGGGAGGCAAGGACGUCACCUGCAUGUCUGCCAUCGUGUGUCUCAGUCUGGAUGCCAGGACUCAGAUGCAGAGCCAUGGAGUGGGUGUGUUUGGUCUAUUUGGGCAUUAUUACUGAAUUAAAAGUGUUGGAAUGAGUGUGUGCGUGGCGUGUUAGUGUGUGCAUGUGGUUUCAUGUAAAUUUUGGUUGGGAAUCCUAACUCUUGGUUCAUUGUGCUUUCUGCCUAGUUUCUGGCUGCUUAUUGCAGUAAAGAUUUGGGGGCACAAAGAGACCAACAAAACCUCAAGUAUCACAGAGCAGAGCUGUUUACAUAAAGAUUCCCUUGUUCUCUCUCCAUUACACUAUGGGAUGUUUUAUGUGACUUUGUGAGAGAAUGGGUACUAGUGAAACUUUAAUCAGUCAUCUGAGUUACCACUCCUCUCAAAUCAAAAUGCCAUAAUAAAAACAAAAAUAUGGUUAGCAUUUUAUACAGUGCAGCACUUCUUACUUUUACGUUGUACGUGUAAAACUCACCCCAUCGUCCCACCAAUGUGUGGCUCCAACUACACAUUUGCUAUCACCGUGGAGGGUGAGGAGUGAUAGUGGCAAUAUGUAGCUGAGGAACCCACCCCCGUUUACACUCCUAUUUCAAUAGAUGCCAUGGGAUCUGAGAAUUGUAAGAAUCAGGACUUUGGUUUAAUCAUGUCACAGUUCAUUAGAACAGUGGGAUUCACAGGUAAUAUGGCUUAAUGCACACGUACACACGUGUGAGUAGGCUACGGUAUAAGAUUUAUGGGUUUCUUGACUGAAGGCCUCAAUAGACUGGUGACUUUCUAAAGCAGUGAAGAGUUACAUGCUGGAAGCUGCUGCCCACCUGCACUUUGACCUUUUCAUCUCAGCCGCACCCUGGUGUUUAUCACUUUAUAUUCAUCCAUUUGCUCAGAAUAAGUGGACAGCAAAAUAGGACAGGGACAGUAUGUUAUAUGCAUUGCUUCCCUUGAACUUCUUAGGGACAGUUACUUGGGUGGGGGGGCAGGUCCAAAAUAGGGGAGAGUUAUUGAAGUUUUUUUUUUGCUUUGGGGAGGGUUGUGUGAUUUUUUUUUAUUGGGAACAUGGGAGGGUAGCGCAUUUUCCCCCUGGUUUACAUUCCCCAUUUAGCAGGUUUUACUAUAUAAUUUCUUCCAUAUAGGCACAUUUCUGCUUGCAUGCUACUCCCCUCACAUUUCUCAAAACAGUGAAAAAAUAUAUAGAAUAGUGAUUCAUUUAAUUAAUAUGAAUCAAUAUUUUUUUUAAUGAUUAUUUUUGACUAAUUGAAUGAUGUGCUUCACCAUUGUAGUAGUUGAGGCUCUGUUAAAUUGCGGUGAAUCAAAUCAUGGCCAUCAAAAUAAUAAUUUGUGAAUCGCAAACAGUAAAAGUACAUUUUCUUUGCUUUAGCCUUCCUUUCGAAUUGUGUCCCUGCAAAAAUCACUUUAAAUUGAUUUGGACAUUCAAUUUAUGGGACAUUGUAACUCAAUAGAUGCUAGUAGUCAGCCUGAAGUAAACACUUCUAAAGGUAAGACACAGAAGAAAGUAUUCAGACCCCUUGACUUUUUCCACAUUUUGUUACGUUACAGCCUUAUUCUAAAAUUGAUUAAAUAGUUUUUUUCCCUAAUCAAUCUACACACAAUACCCCAUAAUGACAAAGCAAAAACAGGUUUUUAGAAUUUUUGCAAAUGUAUUAAAAAUAAAAAACUGAAAUAUCACAUUUACUCAGUAGUUUGUUCAAGUCCGGGCUCUGGCUGGGCCACUCAAGGAAAUUCAGAGUUGUGCUUAGGGUCGUUAUCCUGUUAGAAGGGAAACAUUCGCCCCAGUCUGAGGUCCUGAGCGCUCUGGAGCAGGUUUUCAUCAAGGAUCUCUCUGUACUUUGCUCCGUUCAUCUUUCCCUCGAUCCUGACUAGUCUCCAAGUCCCUGCUGCUGAAAAACAUUCCCACAGCAUGAUGCUGUCACCACCAUGCUUCACUGUAGGGAUGGUGCCAGGUUUCCUUCAGACGUGACGCUUGGCAUUCAGGCCAAAGAGUUCAAUUUGGUUUCAUCAGACCAGAGAGUUUUGUUUCUCAUGAUCCGAGAGUCCUUUAGGUGCCAUUUGGCAAACACCAAGCGGGCUGUCAUGUGCCUUUUACUGAGGAGUGGCUUCCGUCUGGCCACUCUACCAUAAAGGCCUGAUUGGUGGAGUGCUGCAGAGAUGGUUGUCCUUCUGGAAGGUUCUCCCAUCCCCACAGAGGAACUCUGGAGCUCUGUCAGAGUGACCAUCGGAUUCUUGGUCACCUCCCUUCUCGCCCGAUUGCUCAGUUUGGCCUGUUCUAGGAAGAGUCUUGGUGGUUCCAAAAUUCUUCUAUUUAAAGAAUGAUGGAGGCCACUGUGUUCUUGGGGACCUUAAAUGCUGCAGACAUUUUUUAAAAUCCUUCCCUAGAUCUGUGCCUCGACACAAUCCUGUCUCUGAGCUCUACGGACACAAUUCCUUCGACCUCCUUGCUUGGUUUUUGUUCUGACAUGCACUGUCAACUGUGGGACCUUAUAUAGACAGGUGUGUGCCUUUCCAAAUCAUGUCCAAUCAAUUUAAUUUACCACAGGUGGACUCCAAUCAAGUUGUAGAAACAUCUCAAGGAUGAUCAAUGGAAACAGGAUGCACCUGAGCUCAAUUUCGAGUCUCAUAGCAAAGGGGUCUGAAUACUUAUGUAAAUAAGGUAUUUCUGUUUCUUAUUUUUAAUACAUUUGCUAAAAUGUCUUAAAACCUGUUUUUGCUUCGUCAUUAUUGGGUAUUGUGAGUAGAUUGAUGAGGAUAAACAUUUAUUCAAUCAAUUUUAGAAUAAGUCUGUAACGUAACAAAAUGUGGAAAAAGUAAAGGGGUCUGAAUACUUUCCGAAUGCACUGUAUAGCUUAUUGGCUCUAUAAAAUCUGCGAUGCAUGCUGAAACAGUCAUUUUCAAUGUUCAAAAACCAUCUCAAUUAAAUAUUGACUGCAAAAUAGGCCUACCUGACAGAAUGAUAUCUAUCAAUCGGGUGCACAUUUGUUUUGCAUACUCUGUCAGGGGCGUCAUUCACCCCAAAAUUCUGAGGGAACAUAAAGUACACGAGAAUGUUAGCGAGGUGAUCAAGAGGGAAUAAAAAUAAAAAUAAUAAAAUAAAUAAAAAAGGACAAAGCUGUGCCCCCUAUGGGCAUGACGCCUCUGUACUCUGCCAUCACAAAUGUACUUUGACUAAAACUCGGCUGGGACAUGCUUUCAAUGGUGCUCUCCAACACCUGACACCAAUAUAGAGGAGUGGGGUAGCCUGACUUGGAUUCAAACCCUGGUCCCUGUGACUGUCAUUCCAAAACCAUUAUACUGUCACAAUAUAAUGUUUUUUCGCUGGCUCGCCUCACUUUAAAAGAAAAUUAAUCCAUUAUACAGUUCAUUACAUUUGCUUGGCUUUGGGAACAAUACAAUUAUCCUAUCUAGAAUAGUCUAUAACACCACAAUGCAAUGAAUAUGUGCAUUAUUGUUUUCAAGUGAGUACAAUUGAGUACAAUUCUACUCUAGGCUGUAAACUGCAGUGAAAAUGUAAUGAAAAUAAUGGCGCAAAAGCCCUGUUAUUUGAAUAUUUCAUUCUAUUCAUUCCAUUUGGAUCAGUUGUGAAUCUACUCUCGACAGAUUAUAAGGUCUAGAAAGGCGCAGUACAGGACAGUCUGGCUGUAGUUUUACUUCUGAUACUGAUGAGCUGUCUGUUGCCCAUCAUCAUUCUCCCAAGUCGUUCUAUAUAGUGUAGCCACAUAGUCCUAUGCUCCCAGCAGGCCCAGUUAUUCAGGAAAGCUUAACACGCACCUGUUCUGCCUCCUUUCCAAUCCGAGCGACUAUUCCUUGACCUCAAACCUAACGCUUCAAUAUUGCCAAAAUAUUUGUCAUUUAACUUUUAAAAUGUAUAACACAACCGGUCACAAUAUUUUAAUCUGAUUAGGCUACUUCAAAAGUCUCCUGUAGGCUACCUGCUCACUUUCAUCCACUCCACUCUAAUAUAAUUCCAGCAUCCAAACUGCGCACCGGCCAAUCGAUGAAUGGAAAGAGACAUCUGUUACAAAACACCAAAAAGUUUAAUGACAUUUGGAGAUUGUCAAGCCAAGCCUUCGAUACUGAGUAGGAAGGGUUGUAUUGUUUAUUUGUCGAGAUUGACAUACUCUACUUGAUUAUGAGGUUGAAAACGCAAACCCUGGUGAAGCAAAGUCAGUCAUCGGUAUGCUGGUUGCUUAUUGGUUGUUUUUUGGUGCAUUAGCACAGAAUCCUGUUGGUGGAAACUUUGGUGCAAAUAUUGUAUAUAAUUAUAAAUAUACCAUAAACAUUUUGAAAAUCUGAUUUCCCCCUAGCCGAUCAUUGUCUGCAGCCAGCUCUGAUAGUAGUGUAAUGAGACAGGCAGGGAGAGUGAGCUUGUCCGUGGUGGUCGGCGGACCCUCAACCUUCUGACCCGUAGACUUGCGUGGCAUCGACUGUGCCAUAAAACCAUGCUGAAGUGGUUAAGUUGAUAUCCAUGUUUAUAAACACAGGGUUGCUACAGUUAUUGUUAUUUGUGGUGGUAAUCAUUAUUUUUGCGUUCAUUUUAUGAGGGGUGCAAAAAAAAUUACAGCACAAAGGGAGUGUCAUGUGAAAGGGUUAGUGGUCGUUGUUGUGUCUGUGUGUAAUUCCUGUCAGAUGUGUGGCUCGGGUCAGUCCGUUUUAUCAUGAAAUCCUUUUUCCUGAUGUCCUAAGCCCAGGGGCUCAGGGGAACUCUUUAAAGUGCGUCACUCAGCAGAGCAGAGCCAUGGAGAGGGGCUUAAAGUGUGUCGGUCUCUGUCUUCCCUUCCAGUCCUCCCUCCCUUCUCCCUCCUUCCUCUCGUCUGGUUUCUAUUAGACAGAAGUGUGUAUGCACGCAGGCAUACACACACACACACACACACACACACACACACACACACACACACACACUAUCUCUACACACAUAGAAAUGGAGCAGCGUAGCUCCUGAUUUACCUCAGGGCUAGAGUUGCAUACUUUCAGACCCACUUUUAGAUGAAAGCAGAACCUGACAGACACAACAUACUGUGCUUCCACUUUUCCCAUUCAGCAUUCUCCUGUUACCACGACCGCCCAUGGUGAGAGGAGAAGCCGGAAUGAAAAAGAUGAAAAAGUCUAGUCUGUGUCCUCAUAUCGUUAAUGCCCACAGUUGGAUAGAUGGAGAGGGAAUAUUUAUUGCCUGCUACAUACAGCUAGCCCUCACUGACAUAUCAUUCGAGCCUAAAUGAAUCUUAAAGCAGUAGGUGUCAACAUUUACUGCCUGUCAACACAGUUUAGUGGACAUGAACAUCAUUCAGUUGUCUUCUCAUGUGACCGACGGGAUACGAACCUAGGUCUUCUGUGUGCAGAACAUCAUAUUAGCCCGCUAAGCUAAGGCAUUGGCUCAGGCCGAGGAGCCAAUACAACUGUUGAGGUCUCAGACAAGGUUACACUACACACAAGUGUGGUCAUCGAAGUGACAGAACCACUACUGUUACACUCACACACACUCUUUAUCUCUCUCUCUCUCUGAGCGUGGUCAGGUAUGUGGUACAGCGUGCUGCUUGACGAAAGGAGGCACCCUCCCAGAGCAUCGCUGGACGACAACGACAGACAGCAGCUGACAAGGAAUCUGACACUACAACGCGGGGAGGAGUCCUGUGAACAUGUCCACUUCUACGUACAGGUGAGUGAGCACAGUCUCAGGCCAAGCACCUGCAAGUAAAAGCAGUUCAUGAAUGAUCAAGUUUUAAUUCUGCAUAAACGUCUUUAUUGCUGUAUACAUUUCAUUGUACAUACAUGUUUGUAUUGAAAUUAGUUGUGGCAGGGAGUAGACUUUUUCCCUUCUAGAAAUAUACAUUCCAAAAGGGAAAAAGCCCUUCAAACUAAGGCAAUGGGUAAUUACAUUUCUAUAGUUGACUUCCACCUUGCUCCAACAGGAAACUACAGACUACGGCCAUCCCAUAGUGUUUGUGGUGAAGGCAGGUCUGCAGAGUCCAGACGAAGGCCCGGUGCUGGACCACGGCUGGCCCACUACCUUUAGGACUGAGGUGAGGAGAACCAGUAACUACACCUAGAGGUACAGUACAUAGAGCUACAUCACAAAGAGCUACAGCACCUACUCCCAUUAUCUCCACUCUAUCGUUACUGUACAGCAGAUGUAUAUGAGAUAAUGUUCAUAUAGUACUGCAUUGAUUGAGUUCAUGCAUGUUUUGCAACUGAGAACAGAUGUACUGGUUCUGAUACAUACUUUUGCUGAAGAGCGGACCUGUUAUUUGGCUUUACACCAAUAUAUUACACUAUAUUUCCUACUAUCUAUGCAGGACCCUGAACAGCUUCUACCCCCAAGCCAUAAGACUGCUAAAUAGUUAGUUAAAUAGUUAACCAAAAAGCUACCCGGGCUCUUGACACUUGACCCUUUUUGCACAAACUUUUUUGACUCAUCACAUACGCUGCUGCUACUGUUUACUAUCUGUAACUUUAUUCCUAGUUAUAUGUACAUAUCUACAGUUGAAGUCGGAAGUUUACAUACACCUUAGCCAAAUACAUUUAAACUCAGUUUUUAACAAUUCCUGACAUUUUAUCCUAGUAAAAAUUCCCUGUCUUAGGUCAGUUAGGAUCACCACUUUAUUUUAAGAAUGUGAAAUGUCAGAAUAAUAGUAGAGAGAAUGAUUUAUUUCAGCUUCUAUUUAUUUCAUCACAUUCCCAGUUGGUCAGAAGUUUACAUACACUCAAUCAGUAUUUGGUAGCAUUGCCUUUAAAUUGUUUAACUUGAGUCAAACGUUUCAGGUAGCUUUCCACAAGCUUACCACAAUAAGUUGGGUGAAUUUUGGCCCAUUCCUCCUGACAGAGCUGGUGUAACUGAGUCAGGUUUGUAGGCCUCCUUGCUCGCACAUGCUUUUUCAGUUCUGCCCACAUAUUUUCUAUAGGAUUGAGGUCAGGGCUUUGUGAUGGCCACUCCAAUACCUUGACUUUGUUGUCCUUAAGCCAUUUUGCCACAACUUUGGAAGUAUGCUUGGGGUCAUUGUCCAUUAGGAAGACCCAUUUGCGACUAAGCUUUAACUUCCUGACUGAUGUCUUGAGAUGUUGCUUCAAUAUAUCCACAUCAUUUUCCUUCCUCAUGAUGCCAUCUAUUUUGUGAAGUGCACCAGUCCCUCCUGCAGCAAAGCACCCCCACAGCAUGAUGCUACCACCCCCGUGUUUCACGGUUAAGAUGGUGUUCUUCGGCAUUCAAGCAUCCCCCUUUUUCCUCCAAAUGGUCAUUAUGGCCAAACAGUUCUAUUUUUGUUUCAUCAGACCAGAGGACAUUUCUCCAAAAAGUACGAUCUUUGUCCCCAUGUGCAGUUGCAAACCGUAAUCUGUGUUUUUUAUGACGGUUUUGGAGCAGUGGCUUCUUCCUUGCUGAGCGGCCUUUCACUGUGGAUAUAGAUACUUUUGUACCUGUUUCCUCCAGCAUCUUCACAAGGUCAUUUGCUGCUGUUUUGGGAUUGAUUUGCACUUUUCGCACCAAAGUAUGUUCAUCUCUAGGAGACAGAACACGUCUCCUUCCUGAGCGGUAUGACGGCUGCAUGGUCCCAUGGUGUUUAUAGUUGCGUACUAUUGUUUGUACAGAUGAACAUGGUACCUUCAGGCGUUUGGAAAUUGCUCCCAAGGAUGAACCAGACUUGUGGAGGUCUAUACAUUUUCUUCUGAGGUCUUGGCUGAUUUCUUUUGAUUUUCCCAUGAUGUCAAGCAAUGAGGCACUGAGUUUGAAGGUAGGCCUUGAAAUACAUCCACAGGUACACCUCCAAUUGACUCAAAUGAUGUCAAUUAGCCCAUCAGAAGCUUCUAAAGCCAUGACAUCAUUUUCUGGAAUUUUCCAAGCUGUUUAAAGGCACAGUCAACUUAGUGUAUGUAAGUUUCUGACCCACUGGAAUUGUGAUACAGUUAAUUAUAAGUGAAAUAAUCUGUCUGUAAACAAUUGUAGGAAAAAUUACUUGUGUCAUGCACAAAGUAGAUGUCCUAACCGACUUGCCAAAACUAUAGUUUGCUAACAAGAAAUUUGUGGAGUGGUUGAAAAACGAGUUUGAAUGACUCCAACGUAAGUGUACGUAAACUUCCGACUUCAACUGUACUUCAAUUACCUCGUACCCCUGCACAUCGACUCGGUACUGGUACCCCGUGUAUAUAGCCAAGUUAUCGUUACUCAUUGUGUAUCUAUUAUCACUUGUAUUAUUAUGUGUUUUACUUUUCUAUUAUUUCUCUGUUUUCUUUCUCUCUGCCUUGUUGGGAAGGGACCGCAAGUAAGCAUUUCACUGUUAGUCCACACCUGUUGUUUACGAAGCAUGUGACAAGUAAAAUUGUAUUAGAUUUUUUUAUUUGAUAUCUCUCUGUAGAUCCCCUUCUGGAAUGGCUGCGAGGGGGAUGACAGCUGUGUCCCUGACCUCAUCCUGCACAGUCACACAGACCUUCUAGACCGCAGGUGACUUUUUAGCCCUCAGAAACACACACACACAGACACACACUUUUCUGAGAUGGUGUCUGUAUGUCCAAACCCAAAUCAUCCCUUAAGCCACUCCCCUUUACACUUCACUCUAAUAGGCAAGGUGGAGUUUCCGCUAUACUGUUUCCACCCAUCUGAUAUUUUCAGACAGCAGUGGAAAUGGAAAAAGUCACUCGGGGAACCCACCAAUCAUUGAAUCAUUGAAUUCACCUUAAAAAGGGUCUCAGAAGGGGAUUUUCCAUGUGGCUUUAAUGUUCAUGUAUGUCUAUGGCCAAAGGCAGUUCUGUGGGCCAAGGGAGCGGGAUGCAUGGGCGCUGUGUCACCACCAGGGGGCCUCGGUGAGCUCGGAGCGAGUGGUGGAGGCGUCACGCAGGAGGCUGGUGGUGGAAGCUCGCCUGGAGAACCGAGGAGAGAACGCCUAUGGCACCACGCUCAACAUCUCCCACUCCCACAACCUGCUCUUCUCCAGUCUCAUAGUCAAGGUAGGAGAAAACAGAGGAUAACCAUGGUAUGGUUCUGCGAACUGUCGCUGCAUAGUGAGUUCAUAUCAUAUCCGUGAGGGGAGAGGUCAUACACUAAUCUUUUAAUUUUUCAUCAGACAUGUGAGUUAGAUAACCACAUCAUGACAUCUCUUACUAUGAUAAGAUUACAGCAUAAAUAACCUAUGACUGUUUGUGAUCAAAUGAAUACAUUAGAUCUUAUUCAGCACUUGACUCAGUGUAUCUCUGUCACCCUGCAGGACCACUCAGACAUCCACAUUGAAUGUCGUGCUGAGGACAGGGAGAGGAACGAGAGGACCUGCAAUGUCAGCUCACCCUUUAUGAGGUCACUGACCCAGGUACAGUAUCUGAUCAGCACUGUUGCUGCCUCCUGCCUUGUCAGUUCAUCACCCUCACUACAUCCUCUUGCCUAUACUAGAGGUUUUCAAUUUAACACAUUUAGUUAACAUUACUAGGGCCAGCAUUUUUGCUUACCACAGCAUCUGACCAGGAAAAACUCAGGGACAUACUAGAUUUUUGCCUUGUCAGGUCACAGGGUUUGGAAGAACUCCUGGCCCUUAAAGGGAUAGUUCACCCAAAUUACAAAAUGACACAUUAGUUUCCUUACCCUGUAAGCAGUCUAUGUACAAGGUAUGACAGCAAUCCAUGCCUUGGUUUAGUUUCCCUGGCAGUGACUGGCACUGUUUCCAAAUGCUAACGUUUGAGCAUUUGUGGCCCGAAUCCCAUUCAAGUCAUGGGACCGAUAUUAGCAUUUAUUUCGCACAUCAUGUUCAAAUCAUCUAUAAGUGCCUUUGUUGAACUUCACAAUCAAUUUUAGAUACUUUUGAAAGAUUUGAACAUCAUGCGUGAAAAAUGCUAAUAUCGGUCCCAUGACUUGAAUGGGAUUUGUUGCCUGGCUAUCCAGACUCCAUGCUCCGGCCAAACGCUACGCCACACCCACAGACGUUAGUUUGUUCUCUGCAAUGAGUCUGGAUCUGAGAACCUCCCCGACCCUUCACCGAAUGUGCACACAUUCGGGCUGUCUGAUUGGUCCAGAAAUCGAUGGGUUGGGCCAGAGCCAGAACACGUGGGUAAAGCGGCAGUUUGAAAAUCUGUAAUUGGCUUUCAUACUCUGAUUGGUUAGAGACGAUCCAAUCGCUUAUUACUUUGUUUUGUACAAUGCCCCUCGUGCCCCUCGUGACCACAAACGACUUCAAUGAUGGCAGUCUCAGACUAAACUAUGUAGCGAAAGACAGAGCAGCGGAAGAAUUCAGUGUGAGUCGUCAGGCUAUGGGAUUUGUGCCACAAAUGCUAAAACGUUAGCAUUUGGAAACAGUGCCAGGGAAACUAAACCGAAGCAUGGAUUGCUGUCAUACCUUGUCCAUAGACUGCUUACAGGGUAUGGAAACCAAAAUGUAAUUUAGUAAGUUAGAUGAACUAUCCCUUUAACAUGACCAAAGACAUAACUUCAGUAUGCACAGCUUACCAGGUGAGGGUAAUAAACAGAACCCUAAACCUGCAAAAAUAAGCUACUUUAUAGGUAAAGCCAUCUGUACAAAAGCUUGCAUUCUCAACUCAACACAUGGUCAUAUAGUUUUGUAGUCGGAGAAUUGCGGUCACCCAGUGCCUUAAAUACCACUGAGCCCCAUUUAGGAGAUUCCUCUGUCUGUCCCUGGUUUUAUUGUCCUGAUAUACCAUGGUAAGUCAGUGAGUUACAGGUCCAUUCUGUGUUCUGGCUGUGAGCAGAAACCGCACUCUUAGACAUAUCGUUUUUGUUCAUUUUCAGUUCAUUCAUUUAGAUUAGAUUACAUUGGAUUAGGAAAAAUGUGUUUUUCUACACUCAUUAUCAGAUGAUGUAUUAAACUCCACAGUAAAGCAGCAGAGACCGUGGUGGCCCCAGUAUAGGCCCUGGCCUUGAGGCACCACUUCAGAGAGGGCUGUCUGAAAUACCAUGGUGCAGAUUUCUACUGGCUCUCCUUUGAAAAGCCUCUGUACCAUAUUAGGUAGAAUUUGACUGGAGGCAAAAACUAAAUGUAAAUCACAGCUUGUUGCCCGAUACCUUAACAUUUCUUAGCCUGUGUAAGUCUCUCAGUUCCUGAGUUUCCAACAUAAAAAAAUGCAUGUGGAUGGUAUGUGACUCAUAGUAAAUGUAUUUUCUGCCCGUGUCCCAGGUGUCUUUCCGGCUGGAGUUUGAGUUGAGUCACUCUGUCUUCCUGGACCAUGUGAGCGUUGUCCUGGAGGCUGCCAGGUGAUAGACAUACAGUACAUAUAUUAAUAUAUUCAUAAACAUACAGGUAACUGCCAAAAUAAAGGAAACACCAACAUAAAGUGUCUUAAUAGGGCAUUGCGCCACCACGAGCCAGAACAGCUUCAAUGCACCUUAGCAUAGAUUCUAUAAAUGGCUGGACUAUUGGAGGGAUGCGAUACCAUUCUUCCAUGAGAAAUGUCAUCAUUUGGUGUUUUGUUGAUGGUGGUGGAAAACGCUGUCUCAGAUGCCACUCCAGAAUCUCCCAUAAGUGUUCAAUUGGGUUGAGAUCUGGUGACACACACACACACACACACACACACACACACACACACACACACACACACACACACACACACACACACACACACACACCCUUUAAACCCCCUAUGCUCCUUUGAGACCCCUCUUUUAAAGUCACUGAGAUCUCUUCUUCUAGCCUUAGUAGCCAAAAUAAUGGGGAACUGGGCAUUUUUAUAUGACACUAAGCAUGAUGGGAUGUUAAUUGCUUAAUUAACUCAGGAACCACACCUGUGUGGAAGCACCUGCUUUCAAUAUACUUUGUAUCGUUUACUCAAGUGUUUCCUUUAUUUUGGCAGUUACCUGUAUAUGUUCAUAUUAACCAUUGCUGAGGGCCUUGUAUGCUCAACUUGUCCUGCCAAUCACCACAUUCCAUUUCAGUCCCUACCCACUGGACACAGACGUCAGUUCAACAUCUAGUUUUGAUUUACAUUUGGUUGUCAACUAAUGUGAAUUCAACAUGAAAUCCAGCUGGUCCUCUGUAGCUCAGCUGGUAGAGCACGGCGCUUGUAACGCCAAGGUAGUGGGUUCAAUCCCCGGGACCACCCAUACACAAAAAUGUAUGCACGCAUGACUGUAAGUCGCUUUGGAUAAAAGCGUCUGCUAAAUGGCAUAUUAUGUUAUAUUAUAUUAUUAUUAAAUCAACAAAACAUUUCACCAUGUCAUUCGAUUUAGGUUAAAACAGGGGGUUCAAACGUCCGGCCCGCGGGCCGGAUCAGGCCCGCAAACGGGUUUAAUCCGGCCCGCGAGAUGAUUUUGUAAAGUAUAAAAAUGCGCUGCAAUUUUUCAAUAAAAUAAACUGCUGUUCCAAUUGCGUCCACUGGAUGGCGCAAUAGCAAUUGUGUUAAGCAAGCAAACUGUUUAUACCGGGGCAGAGCAAGUAGGUCAAGUCUGUGUUUACUCACAGCCGAGACAUCAGUGACGCUGCAGUGAAAGCUAGCUACCUCAUUGCUAAUGAAAUCGCAGUGGCUUCAAAACCAUUUAGUGAGGGUGAAUUUGUAAAAACAUGCAUGAUGAAGGCAGCGGAGAUUGUGUGCCCUGAAAAGUGUCAGGCUUUUGUAAAUAUCAGCCUGACAAGAAACACAGUUGCAGACAGGAUUUCCGAUCUUUCAGUGGAUUUGGACAGCCAGUUGAAGCAAAAAGUAAAGUCAUUUAUUGCGUUUUCGGUUGCAAUUGAUGAAAGCACGGACAUUACAGAUGUUGCACAACUGGCCAUUUUCAUCCGCGGAGUUGAUGACACAUUGACCGUCACGAGGAGUUCGUGGAGUUGGUGCCGAUGACAGAUACAACGACAGCAGCUGAUAUUUUUACCGCACUCGUCGGCGCGCUGGACAGGGUCGGAGUGGACUGGUCCCGCGCUGUCAGCCUGGCUACAGAUGGUGCGCCCUCAAUGAUCGGGAAAAAAGCAGGCGUUGUGACAAAGUUCAGAGAGAAAGUGCAAUCUGCAAAUGGAGGACGUGAUUUUUUGACUUUUCACUGUAUUUUGCACCAGGAGGCUUUGUGUUGCAAGUCAUUAAAGAUGGAUAACGUCAUGAAGGUGGUCAUCCAAACUGUUAAUUUCAUCCGAUCCAGAAGCCUGAAUCACCGUCAGUUUGACAGCCUUCUCAGAGAGAAAGACCACAUCUAUGGCCUGCCAUACCACACUGAGGUAAGAUGGUUAAGCCGAGGUGCUGAGGCGUUUCUUUGAUUUACGAGAAGAAAUUGAACAGUUCAUGGAAGAAAAGGGCAAACCAGUGUUAGAAUUCCAUUCCGCAGAAUGGAUGCAGGACCUUGCAUUUAUGGUGGAUGUUACAGAGCACCUGAAUAACUUGAACAAACAGCUGCAAGGGCGCAACAAAGUUGUCACGCAGUAUUAUGACAGCAUACGUUCUUUCAAGUUGAAGCUGUCAUUGUGGGAGACGCAACUUGCCGGUGGUGACGCAGCUCACUUCCCCUGUCUGAAAAAUGUGUGCGCGACCCAACAUGUGGCGGUUCAAAGAUAAAAUAACGGGACUGUUACGGGAGUUUGAGCAACGCUUUCAGAUUUUUGGUGAACUGGAGAAAGACUUCAACGUUUUUUGCUCGCCAUUCACCGUGAAUCCCUUUGAUCUGCCCGUCAGCAUCCAACUUGAAAUAAUAGACUUGCAGUGUGACUCAGAUUUGAAGGGCAAAUUUGCCGCAGCUGGCUUGGACACAUUUAAUCAGAAUCUAUUGCCAGGUUACCCCAACUUGACAGCCCUCGCUGCAAAACUGUUGUGCAUGUUUGGAACCACAUAUCUUUGUGAGCAAGUUUUCUCUGUAAUGAGCAUAAAUAAAACAAAGCUGCGCUCAAGGCUCACGCACAAGCACUUGAAUCACAUCCUGAAAUUGGCUGCCACUCAGGAUGUGACGCCUGAUAUUGAUGCGCUGGUGAAAGCUAAAAGAUGCCAGGUAUCAGGAGUCAAAUAAACUAUGCAACCCCACUUAAAGUGCUACAUGAGACACCCUGAUAUAGUUCUGUGAUCUGUGAUAUACUUCUGUGAAUCACUGAGGCAUUGUGUGUUUGUGUUCUUUUUCUUUAGAAUUUUCAAAUAAACUUGACGUGUUUUAUGAUUAAUAGUGAUGUUGUGCUUUUGGACACACUGUCCUCAGGCUCCAGCUUUAUGUUUAUAUGUUUUUAUGUUGAUGUACUAUUGUUUUUAAUUGAUUUUAUUUUAUUUGUAUAUUUAACCUAUUCUUGACUCUGUGGUUCUUGCACUUGUUUGCGGAUUUCAUUAUUUUUAUCUACAUUUCUGCCUGAGAAUUACUAUUUUGGACACACUGUCCUCAGGCUCCAGCUUUAUGUUGUAUGUUGAUCGUAUUAAAACAAAGAAAACAAUCUGAAGUUGUUGUUUUUAAGUUAUAUAUACCAUGAUUUUUCCGGUCCGGCCCACUUAGGAAUAGAUUUUCCUCCAUGUGGCCCCUGAGCGAAAAUGAGUUUGACACCCCUGGGUUAAAAGUUAGAUUAAUAAAUGACGAAAUUCCCUUACGUUGAUGACUUUUUCAAAUCCAAUCAAUUUUCCACGUUGAUUCAAUGUCAUCACAUAUCUUUUUUUUGAAUGAAGUGGAAACAACAUUGAUUCAGCCAGUUUUUGCCCAUUGGGUAGCUAGUACCACCAGGUACCCAUCCGCUACGGACUAUUGGAACCGGAUCUGCUAUGUCUCCACAAUCACCUCCUCCUAAACAAUUAAUGUAUGUACUGUACCCAACAGGGUUGAGGUCAAUUCCAUUUCAAUCCAGUCAAUUUGGGAAGUAAACUGAAAUAAAUGGAAUUGACCCCAACCCUGGUGUCAAACACAAACAGGGUCCAGGUGAAUUAUUUCAUGUUGAUUUGUGCUCUACAGCGACGGGGAGGAGAUGAGCCCAGAGGACAACAUCAACAACAUAUUUCAUCCUCUGAAGUAUGAGGCAGACCUCCUGUUCACAAGGUGGAUUUCUAUGAGCUGCUGAAUUCAGAUGAUUCCACACAUAAGGAGUGUUUUAAAGUGGCUAUUUUGGAUCAUCCACUGAUUUUCUCUCCACCUCAGGGACUCCACGCCUCCUCGUUUUGAGAUCAACUCAGACCCCUACCGGAACAAACCCGGCAGCAGUGGUCCAACGUUUAACCUUACUUACCACGUGAGUAUCUCUCAACCCUACCUUAACAAGACCCGACCUGCAACCUUUUGUCCAAGUUAUACCUAUGGCCAAUCCACAUUAUAGUAUAAAUACUAAAUACUGACUAUAAUCUGUAGACUAUACAUUUUUUUAAACUUUUUUUUUCCAUUCUCUUCAGUAUCUUUAUAUUUUUUAUCUUCUCAAUGUACAGAUCCAGAAUCUGGGCUUCUUCCCAGUGACAGACUUGCAGUUCACUGUUGACGUGUUUGCUGUUACAAAGAGUGGUAACCAUCUCUUCCAGAUUGCCAAUAUCGACAUUGACCAGGUGAGAGGAUCGGUUAUUAUUCAAUAUUUUUAUAUUGCAGUGUCAAUAGUUAAUUAAUCUACUGGAUACAAUUGCGGCCAAAUAUAUUAGCACCCUUGCACCUUUCGUAGAUAUUCCCUAUUUCUUCUCAAAUAAGUUGACAUUUAAACCAAAUUGUGGUCACCACACCUUGUUAUUGGUUUUUCAACAUUGCAAACCAAUUUUAUUUUUGUAAACUUAAGUUUACAAUUUUUAUUUAGAAAAUAAAGACAAAUGGCAUGGACAAAAUUAUUGGCACCCCGGAGCUAGUACUAGGUUGCACAGCCUUUGGCUAAGAUAACUGCAGACAAACACUUCUUGUAGCCAUCAAUGAGCUUGCUGCAUCUUUCUGCUGGCAAUUUAGCCCACUCUUCAGCAGCAAACUGCUCUAAUUCUUCAAUGUUUGAUGGGUGCCCUCGCACCAACUGCUGUUUUCAGAUCUCGCCGUUGUUGUUUCUGGCUGUACUGGCUGUCCUACUGCCUGUGUCUGUGUGUAGCUAUGACAGAUUAAAACUCUCUCUCGCUCUCUCUUCACCAGACGGUUAGCUCUAACUGUGUCCUCCCACAUCACAUGACUCCAAGCCAUGUUUUCCCUGAAGAUCUCUCACACGUCCCACAGUUGGUAAGUAUCCGUUAUCUGCCUGCGUGUCUAGUGUGGUUGGGUAUGUACUGAAGUACUACCCAGGCAGCACAACUGGUGCCGUCACUACAACCAGAAACUGGUUGGAAUAACAUUAAUAUGAUAUCCUUUCAACCAGAAACUGGUUGGAAUAACAUUAAUAUGAUAUCCUUUCAACCAGAAACUGGUUGGAAUAACAUUAAUAUGAUAUCAUUUCAACCAGAAACUGAUUGGAUUAACAUUAAUAUGAUUUCAUUACAUCCAGAAACUGGUUGGAAUAACAUUAAUAUGAUAUCAUUACAACCAGAAACUGGUUGGAAUAACAUUAAUAUGAUAGCAUUACAACCAGAAACCGGUUGGAAUAACAUUAAUAUGAUAUCAUUACAACCAGAAACUGGUUGGAAUAACAUUAAUAUGAUAUCAUUUCAACCAGAUAUUGGUUGGAAUAACAUUAAUAUGAUAUCAUUUCAACCAGAAACUGGUUGGAAUAACAUUAAUAUGAUAUCAUUUCAACCAGGAACUGGUUGGAAUAACAUUAAUAUGAUGUCAUUUCAACCAUAAACUGGUUGGAAUAACAUGAAUAUGAAGUCAUUUCAAUCCGUUUUGCAUCUGGUUAUGGUCCCUCUGAGUAUGCAGCAUCUGUGCUAUUAGGACAGUAUCAUGUUGAUGAUAAUCCUUGUUAUGUGUUGUGCAGAAUCACUCCAACAGCAUGACGUUGCCAAUGCAGUGCAGACUCACCCUGCCUGCAUACAGGGAGGUCAAAGUGACAGUCAGGGGGCGGCUGCACCUCCAAGCUCUCCUCGCUGUGAGUUUGACAUGACUUCUGACAUUCACCACCCCUAUUCCUCUCUUUCUCCAUAACUCUUUCAAACUUUGACCAUUUAUAGGAUGUUUGUUGGCUCAAUAGCAUCCAGGUUUCGAGUUUUAAUGUCACGUGCACAAGUACAGUGAAAUGCCUUUCUUGCAUGUUCUAAACCCAACAAUGCAGUAAUCAAUAUCAAUAACAUGAGGCAGAACAAAAACACACAAGAAAUACAAAUAAUAAAUAAGAAGAACACAAGAAAGUAAGACGCUAUAUACAGGGUCCGCUCCAAUACCAUAUUUAACAUUUGCAGGGAUAUUGGAGUGAUAGAGGUAGAUAGGGGUAAGGUGACUAGGCAUCAGGACAUAUAAUAAACAGAGUAGCAGCAGCGUAAAUUAUGAUUGUGUGGGAGCGUGUGUGCAUGUGUAUAGUCAGUAUAAAUGUUUGUGCAUGUUAUGUGUAUGUUGGGAGUAUCAGUGUGCGUGAGUGUGUAGAGUCCUGUGAGUGUGCAUAGAGACAGUGCAAAAAAAAACUCUGAUAGUCCGUGCAGCCAUAUUGUUAGCUAUUUAGCAGUCUUAUGACUUGGGGAUAGAAGCUGUUCAGGAGCCUUUUGGUGUCAGACUUAUUGCUCCAGUACCGCUUAAUGUGCGGCUGUCGCGCCUUCUUUACGACUGUGCGCGUGUGGACCAUUUUAAGAUGUGAUCUGGACCCCGAGGCAAAAGUUUUGAAUAGCCCCUUUAAUGUAAAGAACUGUCAAUUCCUGUUGUUCUUUAAUGUCACUUGUUUAUGACUGAGUUAUUUGUUCAUUGCAAUGAUAGUUAUUUUAUUGUUAAACUCUUUCCUGCUAGGUGAGGUUUAAAACUCUGGAGUUGGUGACAGCAGCCUCCAUUGAACUGAGUCCGUCCAGUCCCAUGUUUCUGCAUGAGGAGAGGCCAACACGACACGUAAGACCCCAGCAACGUCCAACUCACACUUCAUAUAUUUCAUAACACUUCAUAACAGCCUGAAGGAAUGGGCUGGUUUGAGUGUACUUUAUGAAGUGUACUUAGUCCCCCUGUUGAGUGCCCACACUUGUUUGGCUUGCCAGUGAGGCCUAAGAACUAGGAGGACCAGGAGAAUGUGGUGUUAGUUGCUCAGAUAUAUGUGGUUAUGGUUCCACCUUCUGGCAGAAAGUGAUACUGAUUACUUUGCUGUUGUAGAUGCCUUUCAUUUGUUACGUUACAAUUUUACUACACUUCAAACCACAGGUUCAACUUGAUAACUUGAACAGGUAGUUCACAGGCACAGUCAUUUUCAUGGUAUAUUUCAAUCACUCGGUUGUGGUCAGUUUGUUAUUUUUCUUAGAUGCUAAACACACCUAAUAAUAAUACAUUUAUUAAACUUCUAUAGUGCUUUGAAUAACAGAAAUAAGGCCCGGAUUCAAUCCGAUUGCGCUUUGUCGGCUAUCCGCCAUUUAAAGGUAAUUUCCAAUUGAGCGUUAUGCAGCGUUUCCCAUGAAUGCAGUCUCCGUGAACGUGGGAACAUUGGCUUUAAAAUGUGCAUGGCAGACAGCACGAUGGGACUGGUUGAAUCCUGGCCUAAAUCUAAAAGUGCUUAAAAAAACAAGAAACAAACAAGCAAUAUAUCAUGAGUACUGAGUAGCCUAGCUAGGCCAAAUCUUUGAGUGCAUCCUCCAAAUGAUGGCGCAACGGUCAUGAGAUCUUCAGAAAGCUCAUGAAUUGAGCCGAGGGAGUUGGUCAGAGAGAUUGGUGAUGGAGUUUGCUGGUAUGACCUAUACACAUUAUAUGUACCUGUAAAUCCUCAUGUUUUAAGACCACCAUAGAGAAUGAAAAAUAAUUUCAGACAGUAUUAAAUGUAUGUUUGUUGACCUUUCACUCUCCGCAAAGUCCAGCCAAACCAGAUCCCCCAUACAUGCCUGAGUCCAGUGUAAUUUCCCCUCUAGAUAAUCCUGGAGAUGAGAAAGGAGGAAGAUUACAAAAUUCCCAUCUGGAUUAUAGUGGGGAGCACGCUGGGCGGUCUGCUGCUGCUAGCCCUGCUUAUCCUGGCUCUAUGGAAGGUAGGAAUGAAUCAAUGCCAUCCUGCAUAAAUCUUCAUUAUAAUGAAGCAAUAAGGCACGAGGGGGUGUGGUAUAUGACCAAUAUACCACAGCUAAGGGCUUUUCUUAUGCACGACAUAACGCAGACUGCCUGGAUACAGCCCUUAACCGUGGUAUAGUGGCCAUUUCCACAAACCCCAGAGGUGCCUUACUGCUAUUAUAAACUGGUUACCAACAUAUUUAGAAUAGUACAAAUACUUUGGGGGUCAUACCCGUGGUAUACGGUCUGACAUACCAUGGCUUUCAGCCAAUCAGCAUCCAGGUGCCAAACUACCUGGUUUAUAAUCAAUAAUAACUCAGCCUUUCUACCAGCAUGUUGGUGCCUGUAGAUACCUGGUGAACGGUUUUGGUUUCACUCUUUCCCCUCUCUGUAUCUGCCUUCCCAGCUGGGCUUCUUCAACAGGCAGAAACAGCGGGAGGAAGAGGAGGAGCAAGUAGCCAACGGGAAGAUGCCAGAGGAGCGGUAACCAUGGCAACAGUGCAGACCCGCAUCAGCCCCAUCACUCAGGGACCCCCAGCACACCCCAGACAAGACUGUGGGCGUGAGCUCGGUGUCCGUAUUCCUCUUGGCUGAACAGCACCCGUCUUGCACUGCCGAGCCCUCUUACUCGCCGGCUUAGAACCGACAGACGCUCCCGGCCCACCUGUGUGUCUCGUAAGACUGAGGCACUUUAGCAGACUGACACCAUCUGGACAAAACUCACAGAGGUCCUGGUUAUCAGUCAGUCUUUAAGACCUAUCAUAAUCACAAAGCCAAAUGACAAUCCAUCUUUGACCAGACCAAGGACCACAGAAUAUUUUUCUAAGAAAGUGUAUGGUUUUCAGUGUGUGUGUGUCUGAGUAUAAUAGAGUGAAUGGAAUAAUCCAUCAGUAACAUACAGCACAAGCUCAAAGAAAACCAGGCAGCCUGUUCGGAACAUAAGAUUACCUAUAAUGGCUGAUGAUUUAUUGGCUUUUGCUAUGGUGUUUCUCAAAUAUGCAACAGCAACGACCUACUCAUUUAUUUCGGAAGAGGAAAUGUUGCAACUUAGAUAUUAUAUUGUAUUUGCAAAUGCCAUAUUCUAUAGCUGAUGCACUUUUGUUGUAUAACGAUAAACUUGAAUUUUGUACAUAUCCAACUGUGCCUUCACAACUGAAUUAAGUUGUCGAUGACUGUUAAAAAAAAAGGAGUGGCAUUACUAUAUAACUACAUAGUAUUAACUUAAUAAGGCUAUUGUGCAACAAUGUUGUCAGAUGUAUGCACACCAAUAUGAGGCUGCUUUGCACCGUUGCGUACAACCUGUGGAUUUAUAUAUGAACACAGAUGACAUGGGGUCCUAGACAGGAUCUCAAGGAAGAUGCAAUGAUGGCCAUGUAGAAAUCAUUAAAGCAUGCCAUGUGGUUUAUAAAGAGUUCAUGAGUUUUCUGUUAACUGUAAUGAAAUAAGACAUUUCUGUCAUCUACCCUCCCUUGUCAAUACCAGUGCAACUAAAAAGACAGAAAAGGGCACCUUGACCUUGAUAUCCAUUAGAAAAGAUUGACCCGUUUUGGUCAGCUUCCACAUGCAAUGACAUGUGUGUGGUAUAUCAGUGGAAUCAUCUGUUUUAGAGAAGAUUUAAGCCCACAGUUGCUCGGACUCAAUCGAGAGGCCAUCUGGUAUGCGGGUCAUUGCAUGUGACAUUGAACAGAUUUUGGCACUAUCCACUCGGAUUUCAGACAGAAUUGCCACAUUACAUUUUCCCUCUGGAGAGGACCAAUGUCAAUACAUUUGAUUGUGUGCACACUUCUAAGCAGUUUUGGUGUCAUAUUAAAAGGGAGAUCCUACACCUCAAGAAAAAAAAAAUUGGGGAUAAUUAUACCUAAAGAAAUAUUAAUUGAAUGCAAGUAGAAAAGGAAAGUAUAAGAAAUAUUAAUAUCAAGGCAAAAAUGUAUCACUUUACACAAAGAGUGAUAUAGAAAUCGUUUUCUGCAGGUAGCUUAGUGGCUAAGAGCGUUGUGCCAGUAAUCGAAAGGUCGCUGGUUCUAAUCCCCGAGCCGACUAGGUGAAAAAUCUGCCGAUGUGCCCUUGAGCAAGGCACUUAACCCUAAAUGCUUAUGUAAGUCGCUCUGGAUAAGAGCGUCUGCUAAAUGACGUAAAAUGUAAAAUGUAAAAAUGUUUUAGUCCCACAACUUCUGACAGAAAAUGCUCCGACUUGGAUGGCUUUCUUUGAUCAAAUAAACUUGAAUCAAAUGAAAUCAAUUGUAUUAACUUUAAGGGGAAUGACAAAUCCAAUGAGCUAUUGGGAAACAGAGCUUUAAUAUGACACCAACUUUGUUUCUGCAGUAUCUUUCAUGUCUUCAAUGCACGAGUAUCUUUCCAAAAGACAUGUAAACUGCUGAAAAAAGAAACACUGGGUUAAACUGUCUUUGGGUUCAUUUGCAUCCAUUAGUCCAAUACUCACCCCAAAUACAAAAUAUUAAAAUAGAAAUAUCUGAUACAUACAUUCUCCACUCAAUUAUUUUUUUUAA